AUGUUGUUGGACAUGGAUGCUGCCGCUUUCUUGGUCGAGGUCCUUUUCGCAUUCACGAUUUGGUUGCCCUGGGUGGGUGAGGUCUUGUUGCUGGAAACCAGGAUUGUGCUCUCCAUAUCGCACAAUAGGCCCGAUAAGGGCCAUGCUUCCAACUCUCUGCUCACGGCACGCUAUGAAAGCAAGAAAAUCUUUGAUCGAAUCAAUGUGAACCAGUUUUCUUCGCCCUGGAAGCUGACAGACGUCGUGGAACAAGACUUUUUCAGGGUGAGUACCACAGUCAUUGCGUGCAUUGAAAGCUGA